UUGGCCGUUCGCCCGUCGCUUGGCUUGGCGGCUUGUCUCUGAGAAGAGUUUCAGAAGGUUCGCAAAGGACCAGCUGAUCGCUUGUGGAAAAAAAAAAUAGUUUUCCCUAGCUUCAUGUGCUUUAUCAUUUAAAUCUAAGAUCUCACCUUCGACCCCGGAAUAUCUAAGAAGAGCCUCCUUAUCGCCGGAGGACAUGGCAGACGACAUUGAUGCCAUAUUUACUCAAAUAGGCUUCGGCAACUGGCAACUGAUCGCCAUCACUGCAGCCAUUUUAGGUCCAGCUGCCCUGGCACCAGCUCUUAUUGGCUCUACCUUGACGAAUGCUCAGGUUCCGUACAGAUGUCGGGAGGCAGGGACACUAAAUAUCACAGAGGGUUUCGACAAUGGCUGCAGCAGGAGUAGUGAGCUUGUCAGUGAUGUGCAAAUUGCCUACAACACAACUCAGUGGACUCCAACUAUUCAGGAGACUUUCAAUAAUGUUUCAAAUACCUCAUGUUCCUCCUGGGAAUACGACACUUCCGUUUUCACUUCAACCAUUACUAUGGAGUGGGGAUUCAUCUGUGAGGACGCUUGGCUCUCCUCGCUCUACCAGAUGGUCAUCAGCGCGGGAUGUAUGAUGGGGGAUGUUGUUGGAGGUGCCGUUGGGGACAGAUUAGGUCGAAGAGCGACUUUACGAUAUGGGUCCCUUGUGGUAGUAGCAGCUGUUUUAGGCAUAGGGCUGCUCCCAAUUUAUUCGUUAGUGCUUGUCUGCAGGCUUGUCUUAGGCCUUACACUCUCAAGCAUCAUCUAUCCCACCUAUAACUUAGUGAUGGAGACAACACCUACCUCACAACGCACAAUCGUAGGGAUGAUUCUGUGUGCUCCCUACAGCGUCAGUGUCAUGGUCUUCGCUGGUCUUGGCUACUUCUUGAGGGAUUGGAGGACUCUCCACUUGACAUCGUCCAUAUUUGCCUUUUUGCUGCUCCCUGUAAGCUGGGUUGUAGACGAGUCUCCGAGAUGGCUUGCCCAGAAGGGUUACUUGGAGGAGGCGAAGAGAGUGUUGAAGAAAGCUGCGGCAUACAAUGGCUCUACCCUUCCACCACCAGAGGAGCUGGAUAAAAUCAUACAGAAGUUAGCCGCUGCAGAUUCUGAGCAAAUGUGUACCGAAUCGAAAAAUUCAUCUCUAGGAGGUCUAAAGCUGAUCUUCAGCAACAGGCCUAUGGCAACCAUAGUCAUAAUCACUCCACUGACCUGGUUUCUAAUGGCAAUUGUCUACCUGGGAAUUCCUCUAAACGUUAACAACUUUGGUGGUAAUCCAUUCAUUUACAUGGCCUUGACUGGAGUGAUGGAAUUAGCCCCAACAAUUGUGGGAGUGGUGUUUUCUAAGAGGUUCAGCAGGGUUCCUGCUAUGUCAAUUUCUUUCUUUGGUGCUGGACUCUGCUGUCUGGUGGUUACUGCGGUGACAGAAGAAUUGUGGUGGCUCAGCUGGAUUCUUGUCAUGGUAGCUAUGGAAAUGAUCAGCACAAACUACAUGAUGAGCUAUGUUUGGGCUGCAGAGUUAUACCCAACAGUCAUUAGGUCUAGGGGUUCGUGCAGCUGUUCUCUAGGGGGUCAUUUUGGGUUUGUCAUUGCCCCAUUCAUUACCGACUUUUUGGCGAAGCGGUCGUGGUGGCUUCCCAACGUAAUUCUCGGCUUGUGCGGUGUGGUAGCAGGAGCGUUAGUGUUUCUUCUACCAGAAACAAAAGACCUGAACUUAUGUGAGACAGUGCAAGACGUCGAGGAAAGGUGGAAGGCAAGCAAACGCAAGCAGUCCCAUGACCGGUAUAACCUAGAAGUUCCUUCUAACGUGAGGUCAAACGAUGACUCCUCGGAAACAAGAGGCAUUGGUGGAAACUACAAGUAUCAGGAAGUACCUCCAGUAGAAUAUGAAGCAGAUGACAGAAUUUAGUAUGUCUGACGAAAGAAAUUACUGCAAAUGCAUAGUGCAAGAGAACAUUGCUGUUUGAGAUAACUGAUUGUAUUAGGGAGAGGAUCACUGAUCGAAUUUGAAGGCACUUAUCCCGUUGAAAAGUUGAAUGUUGAAAAUUGUGUAAGAAAUUAUUUGAAAGGACCAGAUUUAUGAUAUAUAACAAAUAUAUCAAGAGACUUAUUCCGUUUCCAUGAUGUUGGAGAGGGGUCUGAAGACUCAAAUAAUAGAGUAUAUACUGCCUAUAUAUCAUACUGUAAUAUUGUACGUAAAUUUUUCGUCUCUUGAUGAGACGACAUUUUUUCAGAUUUUUUAUGUUAAUCUCUGUUGUAUAAAAUACGAAAGUGUUAAA